CGCACACCGUUCUAACUUCCUUUUCUCAGUGCAGCGGGAGCAGUAUCGGAGUCUGAAGACUUCAUCUCCUGACAAAAGGAGAAUUAACGAUUACGAAAUGGGGUUCGUCAAAGUGGUCAAGAACAAGGCAUAUUUCAAGAGAUACCAGGUCAAAUUCAGAAGGAGGCGAGAGGGAAAGACAGACUACUUUGCCCGUAAACGUCUUGUUAUCCAGGACAAGAACAAGUACAACACACCCAAAUACAGGAUGAUCGUUAGAUUCUCCAACAGGGAUAUUGUUUGCCAGAUCGCAUAUGCCAAGAUAGAAGGCGAUGUGAUCGUCUGCGCUGCUUACUCUCACGAGCUGCCCAAAUACGGCAUUCCGGUGGGGCUCACAAACUACGCUGCUGCUUACUGCACUGGCUUGCUGCUGGCACGUCGGUUGCUGAGCAAGUUCAGCCUGGAUAAGGUGUACGAGGGCCAGGUGGAGGUGACUGGUGAGGAGUUCAACGUGGAGAGUGUUGACGGCCAGCCUGGUGCAUUCACCUGCUACCUGGAUUCCGGCCUCGCCCGAACCACCACUGGAAAUAAGGUUUUUGGGGCCCUCAAAGGCGCCGUGGAUGGAGGACUGUCAAUCCCGCACAGCACUAAGCGGUUCCCGGGCUACGAUUCCGAGAGCAAAGAAUUUAACGCUGAGGUCCACCGGAAGCACAUCCUGGGCUUGAAUGUAGCCGGGUACAUGAGCAGCCUGAUGGAUGAGGAUGAGGAGGCCUACAAGAAGCAGUUCUCUCGAUUCGUCAAGAGCGGCGUCACCCCCGACUCGGUGGAGGAAAUGUACAAAAAGGCUCAUGCUUCCAUUCGUGAGAACCCAGUCCAUGAGAAGAAGCCCAAGAAGGAGGUCAAGAAGAAGAGGUGGAACCGUGCAAAGCUCACACUUGGUCAGAGAAAGGACCGCGUGGCUCAGAAGAAGGCCAGCUUCCUCCGUGCUCAGGAGGCUGCUGAUGACGAGUGAAGAGAUGGACCUGCCCCUCCUGCUCCACAGAAACCAUGCGCCUUGUCCAAAUAAAGCAUUUG